AUGGCACAAGAACCGUCCCUUAUAGAACUUGCGAUCAAGCAUGGCACAGACAAACACGGCCAAGCGGCGCAUGCCACAGUUGCCCCCAACGGCACCAUCAUCCCAGGCCACAAGUACGCCGGCCACUACGACCACCACUUCAGCCUCUUCCGCCAGCUCGACAACAUAACUGUCCUUGAGAUCGGCGUCGGGGGCUACGAUGAUCCAAGCAAAGGCGGCGAGUCGCUUCGGAUGUGGAAGGAAUACUUUCUAAAGGCGCAGAUUGUCGGGCUCGACUAUUACGACAAGAAACCGCUGGAGGAAGACCGCAUCCGGACCUACCAGGGCAGUCAGGACGACCCGGCAUUGCUUCAGCGAAUGCAUGAGGACCAAGGCGGCUUCGACCUCAUCAUCGACGAUGGCAGCCACUGCAACGAGCACGUCAUCGCGUCGUUCAACAUCCUGUUCCCUCUCUUGAAAAUGGGCGGGAUCUACGCAAUCGAGGACUUGCAAACUUCCUACUGGAAACAUACCUUCGGCGGGUCAAGCACUGAGCUAUCGAGCCGGUCCACAUCCAUGGGCUUUCUGAAGUCACUUGCGGAUGGGCUCAAUCACGCCGAGCUUGACCUGCCGGGUUAUCAGGCCACGUAUUUCGACAAGCACAUCACGUCGCUUCACUUCUACCACAACCUGGCCUUUGUGUACAAGGGCGACAAUGAUGAGGAGAGCAACUGCAUCGGGGCCGAUCACGCGAUACCUGACUUCUAUAAGGAUUUGCCUAAGCCUGAAUGGGCGGAUUGA